CAAACCGUUGGAGUUGAGGUUAUAAUACUGCUACUGGUGGCCUUGGUUCCUGUUUGCUAAUUGUCUCUUGUUUGUACUUGCCUAUGUUAUUACCUGUCAAGAAGUGACUUUGCUCUCGUUAUCAGCUGCGAGUGGGUUUAUAUUGCUCAUUCAACGGGUGUGUGUGUGUAUAAGUAUCGUUUGAAGUCAAUAGCGUCGUCAUCGACUAGUCCAAGAUCAACCACACCAGCUAAAACUGAUCGAGAAGUUCGCCGCUAGUACACACAACUGCUCGUUUACCUGAUUGUUCAGUUACAAGUUUACUCGCAGUUUGCAGUAUGAGUGACGAAGCUGGUCAGGAUCUCAACCAGCCGACCGUUGAGGUAUCGGCUAAUGACAUCGAAAAGCUCGAAGAAGAGAAGCUUAAAAGCAAGUUUCCUAACAUGCCAGGUGGCAGACCGCUCGGGGGACACUCUGCAUUCUUGCAAAAAAGGCUAGCCAAAGGGCAAAAAUUUUUCGACUCUGGUGACUAUCAGAUGGCUAAACAAAAGUUAGCUGCCAAGCCCAAGCCAGCAGGAGUUUUGCCAACUGGUGAUGCCAUACCAACACCUCUGAUACCAACGCCUGAAAACGUGCCACAGCGUAAAACCUCCAUCAUUCAACAAAAAUUCAACACAACAACAAGUACCUCCUAAAAUUUUGGUCUUUAAUCAAUAUUAGGGACCACAAGAAAUCUCAUAAUGACAAAAAGAUCACGUCCAACUUGUUGAAAUCUGUCUGUGUGCCUGCAUGUGAGAAUCAGCUAUUAGAUAUAGCGAUUAUUGUUAAGGGUUACUAUUACAUUGUACGAUUGUCUAUUUACUAGAUUCUUUUCGUACUAUUUGCUCAUUUUCCUGUAUGCAUCAUUAUCAUCAUGGUCGUUACCAACAGUUCAACUGUGUUGUCACUGAUUUUUAGUUGUAACACUUAAUAAUCACCUUUAAUAAUUGUCAUUAUAAUGAUAGUAAAAAUUUUCCGUACCAAUGCAAAACAUAAGGUAUUAAAAACCAUAAAUUACCGCAAUAAUAACUUUUUUACGUAUCUUUAUUUUUUUAGACCUUAAAACAAGCGUGGAAGUAAAAAAAAAUAGUACACUAUGCCCCUGGGGCAAGGAUGAAAAAUGUCCCAGAUUACCUUUGCCUUAGGUGGCAUACUUGCGAUCUAAGCAUUGAUUACUAUUCUGCGACAUUACGAGCCUCAGCGGCCGCGAAGUGAACAUUAAGUAAUGUUAACUUCGUGUCUACUGACAUGUAAAAAAAUUAUUUAUUGUUGCACUAAAGUCUUUAAAAUAUGUAAGUAUUGAUAUAAAAAAUAAACAACAAAAUAUUUCAAAUAAUUACUUGAUUCUGAUAUGGAUAAAGUGCUUAAAUUUAUUUACUUGUGCAUUUCCAAGUUUUCUAUGAUGUGAUUUGUGAAUAUAUUUUUGUGUGUCAUAGUACAACAACGAAAGUAAACAUGUUCAGUUGCACAAUAAUGUAAAAAUU